ACAGAGAGGAAGAAAUGGAUUACACCUUGGAGGACACGCAACGCAAGGAGAAGCUCCUGAGAACGGUUUACGCCCUCCAAGUGAAGUCUGAUGCCACUUUUCAGAAGGCCAGCCCACUACUGAACAACCACCGUGGCAUGGGGCUGGUGACAGAGCGUCAAGUUCAUGAGCUGGCCGAGAAAGCCAAGGUCAUUUGCCAUGACCUGGACAAUAUCCGAAACCACCUCUUCUACCGGCAGGACGACCUGGUCCAACAGAUCCCAAACCCCAGCGGCAGGCACUACAGGGGUGUCAGCGGAAUCCAUUGCGCAUUGGACGGAUCUAUUUACGUGACCUGCGAGGGCGCCCCCAGGGUCCACGUCUUCAAUCGCUCAGGCCAAGUAGUUCAGUCUCUGCCUUGCGUGGAAGGGAAGAAGAAGACCUUUCUGCCCGAGGACGUGACCCUCACCAGGGCGGGGAUGGCGGCCGUCACUGACAUGGUGAAUGGGACCGUCCGCGUUUUCAACCAUCACUCCAAGUUCUCCAAGGGUGAAUGGGUCAAAAUCGGCCAGUUUUCUUCCCCCCGGGGAAUCGGAGUGGACGCUUCCGGCAAGUUACUGGUGACAGACUACACCGAAGGCAAAGUCCAUAGCUUUGCUUUGGACCACGCUUUCAAGGUGCAGAGCCCUCACUCUGUAUCCGACCUGUGCGGGCCCCGUUAUGUGUGCACGGCCCCGGAAGGGGGGAUUGUGGUGAGCGAAGAGUGUGGCGACGUCAAACUGUUCAGCCAUAGCCACAAACUCCUCUUUUCCAUCGGGGACAAAUUCAGCCAUACCUUUGGCAAUCCGGCAGGAGUGUGUGCCGACAGAGAGGGCAACGUCAUUGUGGCUGACGAACAACGCCGGAAAAUCCACUUGUUCCCCCGAAGCGGAUCUCCUAUUUGCUUGGUGUCGAAAGGUCUUCAGAGGCCGACGGGAAUAGCUUGUUCCACGCAGGGGUUGUUGUAUGUCGCUGACUCUGGAGACGAUAAUAUCAAAGUCUUUAAGUACCGGGUGAGACCCCCUUUCAAUGCAGACAUUCUUUCUGCAUCCACAGAAGGCCCAAACCUAACUCCCAGAUAA